GUAUCCUGCAAACUCCUUUUCCCCAUAACCAACUCUUACAGUUCAUUGUACACAACCUGGAAGAUCAUAGAGCUCAUGAAAGAGAAGUCUGCGGUUACUAAAUGGUUAUCUUCAGUGAAAUCACUGAUACCUUUUUGCACUCAAGUCCCUGCUCAUGUUUUUCUUUUGUUGGCUUAUCUACUGAUCCAAGAAAAUGGAGACAGUCUUCGUGAUGUACUCCAGACUACUACAGAAAUAGCCAAGGCUGAUUGUUCUCAGGUUCCAAAUCUGAUCCCAGUUCUGAUAUUUAAAUUGGGAAGACCUUUGGAGCCAGUCCUUUACAAGGAUAUAUUGUACACACUGCCUGCACUGGGUGUGCACAAGGUCUGUGUGGCUCAGAUUCUACGUGUCAUACACAUGUUGGGGAGCACCCCAAAGCUCAGAGCCAUUGCCUUGCGGCUGAUGACGUUGUUAUGGGAAAGACAGGAUCGAAUUUACCCAGAAUUGCAGAAGUUCUUGAUGAUGUCUGAUAUGCCCUUGGUGUCUGUUGACAAAGAUGCUCAGUGGGAAAAGUUGAUCGCUAAAGCUGCUUGUAUACGAGAUAUAUGUAGGCAGAGACCAUACCAGCAUGGAGCUGACAUGUUGGCUGCAAUUUCCCAAGUAUUAAAUGAGUGCACAAAACCUGAUCAAGCUUCACCUGCUGCCAUAGUGUUACAGGGUCUCCAAGCACUGUGUGAAGCUGAGGUUGUUUGCAUCCGUUCUACAUGGAAUGCUCUGUCACCAAAGCUGAGUUGUGAUAGAAGGCCCCUCAUUUUGAAAGCACUGAAUGAAUUGUUUGCACUGGUUCCCUCAUUAACUGUAAAUACAAACGAAUUUGAGAAAUUCAAAGCUGAAGUUGUUAGCUUCCUUUGGAACAACACACAGAACAAGGAUGCUCUUGUAGCCAUUUCAGCCUAUAAAUCCCUCUCAUCAUUUGGCUCUGAAGAGCAUAAAAUUCUUCAUCUUCCUGAACAGGCACGACCAGAAGUUGACUCACUGGAGGAGGCAGACAUGAAUGAAGAAGACGACGAGGAGGCAAAUCUUUUUGUUCCGGGUUCUUCAUACAUCAAGCUGUUGUGUCUAACACCAGCUUCUGUUUUAGGAGCAUUUGAAGAGUUUGCAACAUCACUUGUGAAACAGGAGAUGACCAACAUGCCCCGUAAUGUGUAUCAUUCUGCCUUGAGAGGAGGGACCACACGCUCAGACCAGGGGAAGACAGUGGCAGGUGUUCCAAACUUCUUGUUGAAGAUGUAUGAAAGGAACAAGCAACCAGGCAUGACACCAGGCCUCGCAGCUGGCAUGUUGUUGUGUUACGACCUUCCAAUCCAUAUGGGCAAAGAUGGCAAGCCUAUUAAUCGAUUUCUGGUGAGCAGGGGGCGCAAUUUCCAGCAAAUGUUGGUAGCCCUCAUCCAUGAAGUUAACAUUCAACCUUCUGAAUGGCACCGCUCCAUACUGCUGCCACAGUCCUGGUCAGGAUUUAUGAGCCGAACCUACAACGCAGUCCUGCAGGGGAGGCAGGCAGAGCUGGAGAUGCAGUUAAAACAUGGAAAAGAGGAUCCUGAAGAGGUGCAGUACAAGCAAUUUACAGCCUGGCUGUGGGUCAGAGAUAUGUUGACUGAUGUCAUCAAAGGUGCUUCCAAAGACAGCCCAGUGGUGAAAGGAAACUCUAUUUUUGCCUUAACUGGUCUUGCAGUUGCUGUAGCCAAAUAUGAAAGCAGCCUGUCCUCAGACAGUGAAGGGGUGCCUGAGACUGAACCUGAUUUUACUCCCAUGAAACGCUGGAUUUCUAUGGUCACAGAGACGCUCUUUAGUAUUGUGAAUAGCCGCUACCAGCCCAAAGGUCCAGUCUUCCCAUGGUUCUACCAGAAAUCUUAUUCAGGUGAAAACACUGCUAGUAUUAUAGCUCGUUCCUGUGCAGCCAUGGCUUUGUCUCUCCUGGUGCCAAUUUUCAUUGUAUCAUGCAAGGAAAAGGUAGAGGAGGUCCUGAAUAUGCUGACUGAUAGGUUGCCUGGGAAACCGAAUGCUGAUGAGUCUCAAGCUGUUCAAAUCCACAUGGGCCUAGGUUUGGGGAUGUUUAUAUCACGUUUGUAUGAAGAAAAAGUCAGUGAUGUACCUGGUCAACAGAUGAACUUGGUUCUGAUGAAGUCCCUAGAUGUGCUGGAAGAGUGCUGCUUUGACACUAGUCUGGAGUACAACACUGGAUGUAUUUUAGGAGUAGGACUUGCUCUUUCAUUUAUGAGUCACAGUAGCCAAACAGAAUCACGAGUGCAUGUUUCUGCUUCAUUGCGAAAACUCUGCAAAUACCUGGACAGCAGUGAGGGCCAAAGCAGAUCGUUCCAGGAGGUACUUGCCUAUUCUGUUGCCUGUUCCUGUGUCUCUGCUUUCAGUGAUGGAAUCAUAGAAGCAGCUGAAGCUGAGGAGACCAUGAGCAAGCUACGGACCUUAGCGGAGAAAAAUCAGCAGACCUACAGUUUUGCCUUAGCUUUAGGUACAAUAGUACAUGGAUUGUCAGUUUGCGGUCAUGGGAAAGCUGAAGACCUGAGUAACAGACUAAUGCCAGCCUGGAUAAAGAUAGUGCUUGCAGAGGGUUCUCCAACAAUGGAACGUCUGGCUGCUGUCAGUGGGCUGGUCUCGCUGGUGGGCUCUGAAGUAGGCAUGAUACAGCUGAAAUCUGAGAGUGUUCAGUCCUCACAGUUUCAAAGUAAGCUGAAUGAAGUCAUCAGAACCCUUACACAGAUAAUUAGUCUCUCAGAGCAGGUUGGCCUUCAGACAAAUGCAGCAGGACUUCUGGGACGCCUUCACAUGUCUUGUUUGUCUUCUACUCAGAACAGGGUAUCUGUCCCUCCAGAUUUUAGGUACUUACCUGUAAACAGCUUUAUCAGAGCAGCCAUUGACUUUGCCAUUGAAAGUGGAAAGAAAGGACCUGAAUCUGUCCCAGCUGAGUUGGUGAAAAUAGCACUGACACCCAUUGCAUUAGUUGGAGAAAGCCACCAGUAUCCACCUGUAAACUGGGCAUCCAUUCUUUCACCUUUGAUGAGGCUAAACUUUGGUGAUGAAGUAAAACACCUCUGCAUUCAACUGGCUGUGACACAGGCCCAGUCAUCUCAAAAUGCAGCAAUGCUUUUGGGGAUGUGGGUGGCACCUCCCCUUAUCUACAGUCUCAGUAUGAAAACUCAGAAAUACCUGUUCACAUCCCUCUCCCUGUGGAUGCAGCAUGUUGCAGAAGACAAACUGCAGUCUUUUACAGAAGUGCUUCUGAUACGACAAUUUGAGAUGAAGAACGGCACAACAAACCCAGAAAUUUGCCAGUGUGUUUUACAGGGGCUCAUCCAGGCAAUGAAACUUCCCAACCCUGCCCAGUUUUGCUGGAGCUUUUUGUGCCAGGCUGUGGAGAAAAUAUAUGAGCUUCUUCCAAAUGAGGUUCAGAGGGGUGAACUGGAGAUGUACACUGAUGUAGCAAAAUGUAUCUCAGAAAUGUCCGAUUCAGAGGUUGAUCGCAUUGUCCAGUUCUCUAAGAACAACAUAGAGAAGGCCACAUUCACAAAGGUGUAUUUGAUUUCUCAAGGAAGACUGUCUCUGAUGAACUUGAGUUCCGUGAUUGAUACUGUGACAGAAUACCACCAGAAAGAAAAUAUCUUAUGGAUACUUUUGCAUAGUCUCUAUCAUGCUCGUAUUGUGAACCAUGAAAACACAGGAGUUUUGAAAAGAAUGGAUUGGCUGCUCAACCUGAUGGGCUACAUCAGAAGUGUAGCGAGCAAAUCAACACCCUUAGAAAAUGUCAAUCUUCAAGAGUGCACAGAUUUCCUCCUGUGGCUGUUUGCAGCUUCUGUGGUGGCCUGGGCUGACCAUGGUGCACCAUUACUUCUUGGCCUCAGUGCUAACUGGUCAUUGUGGAAACACCACAUGAUAUUACCAGAAUUACCCGAGGAUCGUGUUGGCAAGCAUCCCACUGACAAGUUUGCUGUGCAAGAGACUCUCGCUCUCCUUCCAAGCAGCAUUUCCCUUUUGCUGGCUAAAGAGCCUUGGAAGGAACAAACACAGAAGUUUAUUGACUGGCUGAUCAAUAUGAUGCAAAGUCCUAAGGAAGUGUUAUCAGAAUCUUCUAUGGACCUGCUGAAAGCUGCACUUCUGGCCUUGAGAUCUCUUGCAGAGUUCAAGAAGAAAGCAGUGUGGACUAAAGCUUAUGGGUGGUAG